AUGCCCCCGAAACGACAACAUACACAGGAUGACGACGAGUCUCGCGAGGGCUCCAGUGUCGCUGGCGACCACCUCGAGGAGGAGAUGGACGGCAAAGACAAGAAGAGCUCAGGCAAUCGAGAGAGACACGUGCAGUAUAGUAACCACGCUGAUAGUGCCAGUUCGUCCCAGAUUCGUAAAGCACAGAACCGUAUCGCGCAACGAGAGUUUCGUCUCAGGAAACAAAUUCGCGACCUCGAGGCCCGCGUAGAGGUGCUCUCUGGAGACAAGGAGGAGCGCGUUGAGCUCAUGUUGCUUCUGAUCCGCAAUCUCCUCAAGGAGAACAAGGAGCUGCGCGGGAUGCUGAAGAACAUGGCGUCGUUCGUCGGGGAAGGUCUCGGCUCGUGUCUUCCUCGCCUCGGUCUCAGCAACGAGCAGCUCGAGUCCAUCCUGAACCGCGCCGACAGCGACACGGCGUACGAGGCGUUCGUCUCCUUCAAGGCAAGCAAGGAGCUCGGCGAGGCGAAUCCCGGCAUUCCGUUGGGCCAGGUACGGAAGCGCGGUGACUCGACGGCCGAGCCCGGCUCGUCUGCUGGUGCGGGCAGUCUUAUCGGCACGCCGUUGAGCGCGGCUGCCCAGGCCAAGCGUAAGCGCGAGAGCGAGGGCGGCGAUAGCGACAAGCGCGUACGCGGCGCGACGCCCGCGAGCACACCGGGUUCAUCUGGCGCUGGCGCCUCGAACCCCGUCAACCACGGCGAGAUGUGGAACUUCCUGUUCACGACCGAGGCCACGGCCGUCGGUGGACCUGGUCCUUCUGCCUUCCCUGGGCUGUACACCGGUCCACCAGGAGCAACCACGCAACAGGCAACGAUGCCCGCUCCGCCACCUCAGGCGCCGGGGCAGAUGACCGGCGUCGCCGGCCUGUCGCCCGAGAGCGAGCGCAACAACCUUCGAAGCGCCGUGGCGCAGCUCACGAGCUCGGACAAGGCGCCCCUUGACCGGCAAGGCAGCGUCAUCGUCACGGAGCCGAACAACAUGACGCGCGGCCAGGUCGAGGAGCGCCGACGCAUGCAAGAAGAGCUCCGCCAGAGCAUGGAAGGCGAGGAGGCGGCUGAGCGCAAGACUGAGGCACUGCAGCUGAUCACAUAUCACCUGAACAACUUCCGCAUCAACCACGAGUACAUGCUCCCGCCCUCGCUCCGCCCGACUCCGGUGCAGCAGACGAUACCGCACGAGCAUGCGAUCGAUGGUAUCUUGUUCCCCUCAGUGCGCGACCGCAUGAUUCUGCUUCGCGGGCGUUAUGACCUGCUCGAAGCCUUUCAUGGCUAUGUUACGGAGUUCACUCUGCACGGCGAUGAUGCGCUCGAUCACCGGAACUGGGAGGCAUCCGAGAAGUGGCUGACGCAGUUCAAGAUUCUGGUCGACGACGAAGUGUAUGCCAUCACGAACCGAUGGCGCGCAACUCGAGGCCUGCCACCGCUAAAGCGUGAUACCCGUGACGCCGAAGUCAAUGCGGCGAGCGCGGCCGGCGCAGGGCUGGGCAGCGGUGCUGGACUCGCUGCCGAGCUCAUGCAGUCGGCACAGCCGCAGCCGCAAGCGUAG